ACCACAGCUUUUUAAUUAAAUGGCAUUACCAUGUGCAUUAAUACAAAGUUGAUUUCUUCAAUAUAAAGUCCACACACAAAUUCAGGUUUUUUUCCCAUGGUUAAAAAGACUCGGAAUUGCUGGUAUAGGACACCGAUCUGGCUUUUUGUUCACUCAGAUCCAUCCCAUUUUGUAGCUUUUCUAUCUCAUUCCAAGUCAUGAUGUAUCACACCGUGAGCCAGUCCUAUGUAUAAUGACUUAAAACUUCAGGCCACGUCAGGUGUGUGAGUUAACAGGCUUCAGCAUUCACAAGAGGUUCUCACCUUCCAAGUACUCCCCGAGUAAUGAGUCACAUUCUUGGAAAGCAUCUAACUCUUUAUGAUGGAGAUGUGCUUACAUAAAAUGAAAUACUGUAACUUUUUAGUUUUUGGUAUUUAAUAUAAUUAGGGAUGGAAAGCAGGUAAAAUGAGAAUUCACCAAAACUGUAUUGAGUAUCUACUAAUCCCCAGGAAGUGUGCUAAGCCCUGGGAAUUCAAUCACGAUCCAGACAAUUCUUUCCCCUCAAGGAUAUAUGAUUUUUUUUUUUUUUUUUUGAGACAGUUUUGCUCUGUUGGCCCAGGCUGGAGUGCAGUGGCGCAAUCUCGGCUCACUGCAACCUCCGCCUCCCGGCUUCAAGAGAUUCUCCUGCCUCAGCCUCCCAGGUAGCUGGGAUUAUAGGUGCAUGCGCCACCAUGCCCGGCCAAUUUUUCAUAUUUUUAGUAGAGACAGGGUUUCGCCAUGUUGGCCAGGCUGGUCUCAAACUCCUGACCUCAAGUGAUCCACCCGCCUCGGCCUCCCAAAGUGCUGGGAUUAUAGGCAUGAGCCACCGUGCCAGGCCUUCUCAAGGAUAGAUGAGAUUUUAUCUGAAGUUAUAUUUUGAAGUGGUAGCUUAAAAAGACAUGUUUGGUUUUGAUACAUUUCACUUGGCAAGGUCUGAGGAAAAAAAUACAUCAUAUUUCCCGCUUUUUCUUGUCCAAGAGAUGUUGAGAAGGGCAGUUUAAAUCCUGACUUACUAGCACUGUGAGACAGGACAAAGGCAGCUAGAACAAGUUAUCUAAUCUCUAACAUAAUCUAAUGCUACUAACUAGCAUCAUUAGGUUACAAUGAAUAGUUUUCUUUCAACCCGUCAGUUACUGAGCCUCUGGUAUGAACGGCGAGAAUUUAAAAUGUUUUAUCCAGGGCCAACUUCAUGCUUCAUGUUUAACAACGUUAUACAAUAAAUUGUUAGAUUUCAUUUACAGACAUAGGCCAGGCAUUCCAAAGCCUGGCUGUAGUUAAGCUGGACACAGUUAAACCAUCUUCGGCAGCCUAUCUAGUUAGUUGACUACAACUAAGGUAUUGGGGAAUGACGGUGGAUGGGGCCAGUUUUGGUUCAGGGAAAAACCCUCACUCUAGGGGUGGGCCACAAUCAACGCCAUCCAACUCUAUUGCGCAAAAUCAUCUGUUCUCACGAAGCUUUGAGAAGUGCAGACGUGGAGCUGGAGAUUGGCAGGCGAGGAGAGGCACAGCUAGAUCAGCAGAACCAGUCCUGGUGAUGGAGCGGGUGGCAGCUGUUGCACAGAUCACCUUUUCCCGCCUACCAUCUGAGCAACAUUCAGAAUCAGAAAAAUGUAAAGAACCCUAAAAUUCAUCUCCUUUGGUGAACUGCCUAAAUCUUUUUGCAAAAUUUGGUGUGUAGGUGCAUUUCUUUGGCAAGAGGAUCUACAGUUCUUACCAGAUUCUCAAAGGAGUCUACGCCUGAAAACACGAGAUUCACCGAUAAGGUUCAACUUCCUCACUUACUAGAUGGAAAACUGAGAGGCCCAAAGGAGGAAAAGCAGUUGCCUCAAGACAAACAGCAGAGGACCUAAAAGAUCACCAGGAGGCGAGGGCUGGUGUCCGAGUCCCGGAGAGGUCGCAGGCAGUCCAGAUUCUAGCAUCACAGAAACUCUGGCCAAGCGCUCAGCCGGGGAUUGGCUGCCAUAAAGACCCCCGCACCCUGUCCUCGCCCCCGCCCCGUGGAAUUCCUCUGCAUAGGUGACUCCACGUAGAGGACCAAGCGCAAGGAGAUCCCGGGGCGGUGGAGGCAGAGGACUACUGUGAAGAAUGACGCCUACUCACUCACCUAACAGACAGGAGGAAGCAGGCACGCCCCAAAAACGGGUCGGGAGCAAAUCCACGCCACUGGGAGGAGGCAAACCGAAGAAUAACAGGAAAUUACUGCAAACAGGGACAUCGAUAAGUAGUGUAAAAACUUGCACAAUGAAAUCCGAAGCCAAGGAUGGAGAGGAGGAGAGUCUACAGACUGCUUUCAAAAAAUUAAGAGUGGAUGCAUCAGGGUCCGUAGCAUCUCUGUCUGUUGGAGAAGGCACAGGUGUCAGAGCACCAGUCAGAACAGCAACAGAUGAUACCAAACCUAAAACCACAUGUGCAUCUAAAGACAGUUGGCACGGACGGAGUCUUGUUCUUGCUCUGUCACACAGACUGGAGUGCAGUGUCACAAUCUCAGCUCGCUGCACCCUCCACCUCCCCGGUUUAAGCAGUUCUCCUGCCUUGGCCUCCCAGGUACCUGGGGUUACGCAGGUGCCCGCCACCAUGCCCAGGUCUACAAGGAAGUCUUCACGAGGAGCAGUGAGAACUCAGCGUCGUCGACGUUCUAAGUCUCCUGUCCUUCAUCCUCCAAAGUUUAUACAUUGCAGUACAAUAGCAUCUUCUUCCAGCAGUCAACUCAAGCACAAAAGCCAGACUGACUCACCUGAUGGCAGCAGUGGGCUGGGAAUUUCAUCCCCUAAAGAGUUCAGUGCAGGAGAAAGCUCUACUUCUCUCGAUGCUAAUCACACAGGGGCAGUCGUUGAGCCUUUGAGAACUUCUGUUCCAAGGCUCCCAUCAGAGAGUAAGAAGGAAGACUCCUCUGACGCUACCCAAGUCUCCCAAGCAAGUCUCAAAGCCAGUGAUCUCUCUGACUUUCAAUCAGUUUCCAAGCUAAACCAGGGCAAGCCAUGCACAUGCAUAGGCAAGGAAUGCCAGUGUAAGAGAUGGCAUGAUAUGGAAGUGUAUUCCUUUUCAGGCCUGCAGAGUGUCCCUCCCUUGGCUCCAGAACGAAGAUCCACACUUGAGGACUACUCUCAGUCGCUGCACGCCAGAACUCUGUCUGGCUCUCCCCGAUCCUGUUCUGAGCAAGCUCGAGUCUUCGUGGAUGAUGUGACCAUUGAGGACCUGUCAGGCUACAUGGAGUAUUACUUGUAUAUUCCCAAGAAAAUGUCCCACAUGGCAGAAAUGAUGUACACCUGAUAGCAAGAAGCUAAUUCAUAUGCUUUAAACCAAUGAAGGCUUGUCAAAGAGAUUUAGUUAAUGGCAGACCUUGUGGCCACUUUGUGUGAGAAGACAUCUCUUUCUGCUCACUGUGCUUGCAAUAAAAACUUUUCUUGGCAUCUCAGUUAAUCUUCAUUCUUUAAACUUACUCUCUUGAGUUCUUACAUACACUUCAAGGCGAGCAGAUCAAAGAAAAAUCCCCCUUAUUUAGAAAUGUUCCUGGGGGAUGAAGAAACCAUAAUUACUUGAGACUGGCAGCAGUGGGUAUAUGGUAAAAGCCUUUGUAAAACAGUGCAUUUUUCAGAUUUGUUUAAGGUUUGCUAGCCAAGGAAAGUAAAAUGUGAUUUUGUAACUGCACUAAACAUUUGUCAUGCUGUAGUUGCCAGCCCAGAAUAUUAGAAGUUACAAGACUGAUUUAAACCGUCUCUGAUUUAAUGCAAGAUAUAUUGUGUCUAUAAAGGUUUCUCUUGUUAUUGUUAAGCCAGAGAUCUAAGGUUUAGAUUCAAUUUGAAUAAACUAGCUGGCCUGCC